GACAUUUGAACAUAACCACAAAUAAUUUGCUGUAAAAUGAAAGGUUGACAUAACAGCUGAGAGUAAACAAAUAUAAUAAUUAUAAAACUAAUAUGGACUACAAAAUUGAGUAAAGUUUUAAAAAUUCUUUUAAGAAAAUCAUCAACAAUCAUGAUCAGAGUACCAUGUAGAGCUCAAUUUCGUACAUUUUCUUUAAUUGUAAACAUCGCCUUAAGAAGGAUUCAUCGACAAGCAACACAACCGAAUCCAAUUAACAAUCUGUUAAUGCUAUCAUUGCCGUUAACAAUUCCAGAAUGGCCAUUUUUAAAAAAACAAAAUUCUGUAUACUAUAAAUAUUGGAAUAAUAACACAGACGAAAUAAUUGAUUAUGCCGAUGAUUUAUAUAAAAAUCAAAAGUACAUAGAAGUAUAUGAAAAUUUAAAUCGUCUCAAAUAUAUGAAUAAUCCAGAGAUACUUUGGCGAAUUGCUCGAGCACUUUAUAAAUUAUCAUGUACUCCUGAUUUACCGUCGUCCAUAUCGAAUUUAAUGAUAUUAGAAGCCGUCGAUGUUGUAAAUCACGCAUUAAGUGUUGGAAAUGAUAAUGCAAAUGUACAUAAAUGGACCGCAAUAAUACUUGAUUGUAAAUACAAUAUGGAAGGUAUUAAAGCGAAAAUAAAUGGAUUGGAGACCAUACGCUAUCACAUAACUAAAGCAGUUGAACUUGAUGAAACCCAAACAGCUUUAUAUCAUAUGCUAGGAAAAUUAGCAUACGAUUUAGCGAGCUUAAAUUGGUUUCAAAGAAAAUUGGCGAAUGUAUUAUUCGAAGAACCACCAAGUGGCUCCUAUGAAGUUGCGUACGAUUGUUUUUUAAAAGCUGAACAAUCAACACCAGGCUUUUAUGUCGGAAAUUUAGUAAUGUUAGGCAAAUCCGCAAUUAAAUUAGGUCGAUUACAACAAGCGAAAUAUUUUUUGCAAUUAGCUUCACAUUAUAUACCGAUGACUGAAGAAGAUAAAAAAUUGAAAUUAGAAGCCAAAACUUUAUCUCAUACUUUGGAUGAAUUGAAUAAGGACAUUUUACCAAAGGCAGAAGAUGAGCUUCAAUAAUUUUUGU